AUGCGACUCAUCCACGUUACUACCAUACUCGACUUUGAGACGAGUAUCAAUCAGGGGAGAGGCAUUGACCGUUCAACAGAAAUCCUGAGAGAGUUUUACGGUCCGGCUCUCGCAGCGAAAGAGUAUGCCAUAUUGUCACAUUGCUGGGGUGUAGCAGAGAACGGCGAGAAAGAAGUGUCAUUCCAGGAGAUGGAACAGCUGGCGACUACGUACAACAAGACGAGGAAUGAGAUCAGGGGGCGUACCGGAUACAAGAAGGUAAUCGACGCCUGCAAGCAGGCCAAAGUGGAUGGUCUGGAGUGGGUGUGGGUCGAUACCUGUUGUAUCGAUAAGAAGAGCAGUUCGGAACUAUCAGAAGCGGUCAACUCCAUGUGCCAGUGGUACGCAAACGCAAACCAAUGCUAUGUCUACCUCCACGACUCCACUGGCUCUAUCCGCUCUUCUGCCAAGUGGUUCACCCGAGGUUGGACUCUUCAAGAACUCAUCGCACCCAAGGUUGUCCACUUCUUUGAUUCCAAGUGGGAACGCUUGGGAAACAAGGAACAAUUUGCAUCCAAUCUUAGUAGGAUCACACGCAUCCCGGAGAACAUUUUGAAACAUGGCCUGAAUUCCGAACGCCCCAGCAUUGCCCAGAUUAUGUCCUGGGCUGCUGACCGGGUUACGACACGAGAGGAAGAUCGUGCAUAUUCGCUACUGGGACUGCUUGGUGUCCACAUACCGAUGUUAUAUGGGGAGGGGAAGAACGCGUUUCGCCGUUUGCAGCUGGAAAUCAUACGCUCGUCCAAUGACCAGAGUAUCUUCGCGUGGGGCCAAACAAAGGAUGCCGGGUGGUCUAACAGCUUCUUGGCAGACGACCCAAGCUACUUCAGGGAUUGUUCUGAUGUCAUUUCAUUGUCCCCCGAUGAAUUCACUCGCUUUCUCACCAAGUACCGUCACAUCCCGGAAGACGAGCUCAGCCAAAUUCCUGCUGAACGGCUUCGCACAUUCACGGUUACAAAUGAUGGCAUACAGAUAUGGCUACCCACGGUAACUCUCGGGCCAUACGCUGAGGUCCAGUUGGCGUGCCAGAAGUCCAGUAGGAAUGCUCUCACCAAUUGUACUACUAUGAACCUGGCGUUCUUCGAAUCUGGCUGCUUCAGAUUUUUCGGCGGCAAAAUACCUAACUCGGGGCCGAUGGAAUUCAAGCCACAUUUCCUUCCUUACAAAGACGUGACACAGAAUUCCAGCAGCUUUACCUUCGAAUUAGAUUGCCAGAGUCUUGCCGUUCAUGGCUUCGUCGGACAUAGUGUCGAACCCAAGAGUGUACAAGCCAAAGGCGACUCGGUCACCCUCUCGAAGGAUAACGAUUUCGCUACCGUUACUUAUGUGCAUAAACGACAUAAGACAUGCUUGGCAGUGGUUCCCAUUUACUUCCGUGGCCGAGGCCGUGUGUUUAUCAUCUCUUCCCGAAAUUCGUCCUGGAUUCCAUAUCUGCGUCUUCAUGUCUUGAAGGCAUUCCUCAAAAUCUGGAAAGACGAAGGGUGCCAUGUGGGGCAUGCCCAUGCUCCUCGAUCUAUCCGGCAUUUGUCCGAUGUCCUGGUUGCUGUCCGUCGCGAAUGGAAUCGGUGGGUCGGCGUACUGCUUUCCAAUCCGGAUGCCCAUGUGCGCUAUUGUCUAAAGUUUACAUCUCUGCAGGAGGCUCCCCAGCUACCCAGUGUACCAAUGAAACCCACGUCUUUAUAUUCAGUGAAUGUAUGCUCGGAGUUGAUGGCAGACCUCUGGAACAUUAGGUUUAAAUUCUCUGAGCUUGUUGGAUGGGCUCCGUACGUGGUAGGGACUGUCGAAGCUGCCACUAAAUACUUCAUGGAUAUGUUUGGCGUCAGCAACUUUCACAAUUUCAUCGGGGAGAUAACAUUCUUUAAGGAACUGACUUUGAUCAUGGGAUCAGACGUCAGUGGUAGACUCUGCACAGGGGAAGAUAGAAAGGAAGACGAACAGGUAACUGAGGUGGCGCAGGAGCAACGCAUCAACGCGUCAGUAAAAUACUUGGUGCAGAUUAAGGACUCGUGGCUCGACAUCGAGCCACGAUUUAGCCACCCCACUCGAGCAAAAUUGUGGGAGGAGGCAAUGAAAUGGAGGCUGGAGCCAGUUGCCGCCAAGCUCCUUCGAGUAAUCGGUACUGCCUAUGAACCGUCUGAUUCCCACUCAACGCAAGGCCUUAAGUUCAGCAAACAGGAACUUCUGUCCAACCUACAAGAAAUCAAGAAACUCCAAGAAACCCUUGCUGAAAUUGAUGAUGACAACGGAAAUAACAACAACAAUAAUGCUAAAAGGCGGGCACUGGUGGAAGAUGUUGCGGGAAGGAUCUUACUAACAUUCUGGCGCGGGAUCUCCUCCGAGGUUUCACACAUGCUAGACAAAGUUGCUGAUCGCUUUCUGAAUGAUGAGGCAAUCACGAUGACUCCGGACCUGGUACAGUCCCGAAGACAUCGCCUUUUCAAUAUCGGACGGAUUCUCUUGCAAGUAGCCUCCUCUAACUCAGAUGACGGCCUGGAUCCACUCCAACGGAUGAUGGACGACGCGGCCGAUGGUGUUUCGAAAUAUCAAUUAAUUCUCGCUGAACUAGCUCGGCGAUCAGAAAAAACGAAUGCGACCAAGAAUGUGCUGAAUGGCCGAAGUUGUUGA